AUAGAGAUGGACCCUAAGGUUGAGAGCCUGCUGGACCCCGAGGAUCCCGCGGAGAGAUCCGUCGUGGAGGGGAACAUGGAUGUCUGUGGUGAAAUCCUAUCGAGAGCAAGCGCAGGGGCGUGGACGAUGUCCAUGAUGGAGGACCAUGUGAAGGAGGCUGAGGUUAGUGCCGAGGUCGCCGAAGCCUUGCUGAGGAUAUGGAGGAGGAACGAACCCAAGAUACGCGAAGAAGCGACGAAGCAGAGCUUCUGGGGGAACAACUUGAAGCGACUUUCAUGGAGGGUUGAUGUAAGCACCAAGAGCCGAUAUGUAGAGGAUCUGAAUGAGCCCUGCGCCAUUAUGGAGUUGAACAUGUCCAACGCGAGAGAUGAAGACAAGACCAACACUGUCAAGUUUGAGAUCGACAGGGACAUGUUGGUGCAGAUGAACGAGGAGGUUAACCGCUUGCAAGAGCUUAUCAGCACCUUUUGACAUGAAAUUGGCAAUGAAUUUGGCAAUGAAAAACAUCUCAAAACUG